AUGGCGGCGUAAACAACGCUAACAGUCUGCUUGUGUCGAGUCGCUAUGGAAAUUAAAGUUAAAAUAAAUAUGACACUCAGUAGCGAGAAUUUUUACUUCGAAUGGGAACUCUCUUAGUUGUUUGAGCUAUUAAACCCCCUGGUGUGCUUCUUGGCAGUGUUAGCUGCUGGUUUCGGCUAACUUUUAGCCGAGUUUGCUAAUAAAAUAAGUAAGUUGGUAGAAAUGGACUGCGUGGUGACGGGAGGAAACGUAAAAGUGCUGGCCAAAGCCAUCCACUCUCUGUCCAGGAUCGGUGAUGAGCUGUAUGUGGAGCCUCAGGAGGACGGGCUGGCUCUGCGGUCUGUGAACUCCUCUCGGUCGGCAUAUGCUUGUUUCCUGUUUGCGCCUCUCUUCUUCAGCAGGUACACCAUCCCAGGAGGACAUGACUUCCGCUGCAAGAUGGCAAUAAAGAGUGUGCAGGCCGUGUUCAGGUCUCUGGCGUCUCUGGAGAAGACGGUGGAAAAGUGUCACAUCAGGCUAGAAGAGCAGAAGAAUCGCCUCACAUUCACUCUGCACUGUAAACAUGGUCUUCUGAAGACACAUAACCUGUCUUUCCAGGACAGUGAAAGCUUGCAGGCAGUGUUUGAUAAAGACAGCUGUGCCAAUGAAUUCAGGUCCCAGCCCAGGCUGCUGGUCGACACGGUUGUUCAUUUCCCUCAGUCUAUGGAAGAAGUGACCGUGUCAGUGAGUGAUGAGCGGAUGUGGGUCAGGAACCAUGUGGACGAAGAAGCAGAACAGUCCAGGGCAAUGCUGACAGAGCUUUGUCUGGCUGCAGACGAGUUCGACCAUUUUUCUGUUAAAGCUCACAACAGCGUCACCUUUUGUCUGAAGGAGUUACGGGGUAUGUUGCUGUUCGCAGAGUCAACAGGUCUCCCUAUUUCUAUGUACUUUGAUGAACCAGGCAGCCCUGUGGUGCUUUCAGUAAUGGACAGUGUCCUGGAGGGAAACUUUGUGCUGGCGACUCUUUCUGAGGACUCUAACCAUCGUAAAAACAACACCAGACGAGCGAACACACAGCCACCGCCCCCUCCUGAUGACUUCAUGAAUGACGACAUAGACUCCUACAUCAUUGCCAUGGAUACCAGCAUGGCCCCGGGUCCCUCAACUACAAGUGUGCCCACAACCUCCUUUGACAAGUCCACGUGUUCAAAACAGCCGGCUGCAGCCAAUCAUAGGCCAAGGCCACACAGUGAGGAGGAGGAAGAUGAAACAGACAGUUUAGACACACCGCCCAAUAAAAAGUUCUGUUCCCUGUUCUUCGGAUCAGUACUUCCUCCGUCUUCUCAGAUGACGACUCAACCAGUAACAACUCAAGAAGUGUUGGCCAGUGACAGUGAGGACGACUCCCAGGCAGAGUGACAGUCGACAGAAGAAUAUGUGAAGAGACACUGACUUACGUAAAAGAGAGUGACUGUGUUAUUUAACUUUUGCUCUCAAUCUGCAGCGCUAGAAAAAAAGACAUCCUUAAACUUCUUUUUCUGUUAUUACAGGCCUACACUAGUGAGUGCAGGGUUACUUUUCUUUAUACAUGCAUUAUAAAUCAAAACUACUGAUGGGCACUGCUUAUAUCUUCCUAAUUUUUUAUUAGACUAUAAUGUUACACAUGGUUUAUGUGAUAUUGUGAACAACUUCUAAUGUUUUUCACUUUGUCUGUAAGUGAUCAAGAUGCAACUAAAUGCCUCCUAAAAAUAAA